UGCGAGCUUCAACUCCCAACCCUUACAAGUACAAGAGUGCAAGCACACUCAGUCAUGUUGUAAACAUCCUAGUGCGCUGUGGUGUGAAAUAGUUUCAAAAGCAAGCCGCCACUUGCAUCUUUUCCUACGAUGAGCAAACCCAGAACCCAGAGGAGAGACCCCAACCAUGUCAGUCGAAAACAAAACCAGCUUCCCCAGAAAACAGAGAAACAAGCCUCUUGGGCGGUGAUAAGAGGCCUCUUGCCUUGCAGAACUGUCCAAAUUCAACAGCAGCAGCAGAAGCAGGCGGUAGUGAAACAACCAAAGAAGAAACAAGAGCAAAGGAAGCUGCAGGAAGAAGAAGAAGCCAUCCCAGAAGAAAGCAGAGAGAAGUGCAAGAAAAUGAGGUGUUCAGGUUCACUCUGUGAUAACACCAAGGUCGUGGCAAGGCCUGAAACAGUGUCCCCUGACAUCAACAAGAUCAAAAGGGUGUCUCUGGGUGUCUGUAAUACUGCCAACAACGAUGCUUCUAAUUCUAACAGAUACUUGAAAGCUCCUCUGCAUGAACUAAAUGGGGUUGCCGUGUCUACCUCCACUUUCAACUCCCUGUCAGUAUCUUCAAACUCGUCUGUGAGUGGGUCUCUCAGGGGAAAGCCGUUCAGGAGGUUCUCUGGUUGCUAUGAGUGUCGAAUGGUGGUUGACCCUCUUCUUCCUUUCACUCGAGACCCUUCUCUCAGGAGUAGCAUUUACCCUUGCCCUCACUGUGGCGAGAUCUUCAUGAAGCCUGAAAAUUUAGAGCUUCAUCAGGCCGUCAAACAUGCUGUAUCUGAGCUGGGUCCAGAAGAUACGAGCAAGAACAUAGUGGAAAUCAUAUUCCACUCGAGCUGGCUAAAGAAACAAUCUCCAGUCUGCAAAAUAGACCGCAUCCUUAAAGUCCACAACACCCAGCGGACAAUUACGAAAUUCGAAGAGUACAGAGACUCCAUCAAAGCCAGAGCCAUAAAGCUCCCCAAGAAGCAUCCUCGUUGCAUAGCAGACGGGAACGAGCUGCUGAGGUUCCAUUGCACGACCACUUUGUGCUCACUGGGCCUAAAAGGCUCCACCAACCUCUGUAACUCAAUACCACAGUGCAGCGUGUGUGGCAUAAUCAAGAACGGCUUCAAGGUAGUCGCCGGCGGGAAGGGGAUAUUGACGACGGCGACAAGUGGGAAAGCACACGACAAAGCGGAGGUUUCAGGAGAUGACAAAAAUAACGAGAAAAGGGCAAUGCUGGUAUGUAGGGUGAUAGCAGGAAGGGUAAAGAAGAAUAUAGAAGGAGGAAUAAUUAGCACGGAGGAGUAUGAUUCCAUUGCAGGAGAAGUUGGGGCUUAUUCCAAUUUGGAAGAGUUGUAUGUGUCGAAUCCUAGAGCUAUUUUGCCUUGCUUCGUUGUUUUCUACUCUGGUUUUUGAUGUGUGUUCUUGAUUUGGAGCCCAGGGACUAGGACUGAACCUUUCCUGCUAUGAAUUUCUUUGCUUGAUUAGCUCCUUUUUCUUUUCAUCUAAACUACUAGUAUGUGCCAAUUUUGGCGAUUGAUGGGCUCACCUGACUCAGGAGUGUAUAUUACUGCAUUAGAAUUAGAAUUUACCUUUUCCUUUUUGUCUUUCCUAAGCCACUGCUUUAGGUUAAAGCUAUCCCUUUAUGAAACUUUCGAUAUAUAAUAAAGGAAUUAUUUCUUUAGUUA